CGCACAUCUCUGAAAUAUGCGUUUCUUAACCAGCGCGGCGCUGAUUGUCCAUCUUGUACGUACAUGGAGUCAGUGUUCGCGAAACUUUGCCAACUUCAACUAUGAACAUACACAGGAUGCCGAACAGGCGAAUGUCAAACAGGGAACUAUUCAACGUGCUCAUUCUACAAGCACAGAAUCUUUGGCCUUCACGAAUCCUAAACCACCGCAGCUGGUGCAGGUUGCUUCACACCAGCCGCUUACUCUGCGCUGCGAAGUCGCUGUCAUGAACGGCCCGCAGCCUACACUGUUUUGGAUGCGCAACGGUAACCUUGUGUCAACCGUCGAAGAAUCAGCCGAUCCGCGUACUUUCUCAAGUAACAUCACCGCCGCUAACAUCAUCGUCAGCAGCACUCUCACCUUUUCCUGCGUUAAGACCGCCACCAGUGGAGAUUAUACCUGUGUGGGCGAGACACUGAUGUCACGAAUCCAGGCGACCACAACAGUAGUCGUCAACAUCGGCCGGCUUAGUCGUCUGAAACAUGGGACAUCUGAGGGAAACUGCCCAGACAACACUGCCGUUACCCGCAUCAUGAUAUCCACCAAGCAAUACAUUCAGACGGCACAUAACGAUGCCGUGCUGAUGUGCCGCACCAUCGGGUCACCAACACCGACAAAACCCGUAUGGUUGUAUCAAGCUACCCAAUACCUCAACGGCAGCCCGGCUUCCGCUAAAAUAAUCCGUCCCACAUCAGGAAAAUACGAAGUCCUGGAGACUGGGGACCUGUUAAUCCGCAAUAUUUCUGCUAAAGCCGACCGCGGUUACUAUAUCUGCGGGGCACCCGGUACUUACGGAUGGCAUUACAGGGUGUCGUUCUUGCAACCGGUUGGCAUGCGCCGUUCACAGAUGCCAGCUUAAAUGCAAAGCACGGAUACUUUUCGCAACCAGACGCGACGUACAUAAUAUUGUGUAACUACUCGCUACUGCAGUAAAGUGGCAGUCAACUAUUAGUAACCUGGCCCAGCUAAUAGUAACCGGGCCUAAGUGGUAAUCAGUUAAUAGUAUAAAGCGCCCUCUGCGUACCGCUGAAACAGUGCUGCAGGGCUCUUGGUUUACAGGAACUGUUGCACGGACUUGCACCUGUAUAACAGGCUGCAUUCACCAAACUUCCUGCACAGAGUCACCUACUUACCUUAU